GUACUUUCUGCGUCUGCAACCUGGGUGAAAUCAUUCACUUUAGCGCCCACAGCUACGCCAAGCUCUCCAGUUAGCAACGAUAUCAACAAAAAUAACAUGUUGAGUGACAAGGCUAUCAUAGGCAUAUCUAUCGGUUCAGUUCUAGGGGUGAGGGCUGUACAUUCUAAAAUUGAUAAUUUUAAACAAACUCUUCUAAGCGAAACUCUAUGUACAUAGAUUGUUCUUUCACUAAGCUGUAUAUUAUUUACUAUUCACAAAUGGAGAAAAAAAAAUCGAAACCCAUCAUUACAACAGAAACAUAUAUCUGAAAGUAACGAAAAUAUAAUGCGCCAUCAGCAAUCAACUAGCACUAUGUUCGAAAUCACAAACCAUGACUUUCUUAACGACAGCAACAAUAUCAGCCAUAGUAAUUUACCCCAACUACACAAAGAGUAUCAAAGGUACAGUACAAACUUGUUUGAUAACUCUUUACAGCCGCCAUUGCAAUCAGCUACACCUUUUGAUGAUUCGAUCUGUCAUAGUUCGACACCAAUGUCAGCUGCUCCAACAACUCCUAUAAUAACGACAAACAUUUCAAGUACAGGUAAUUUGUUGCCAAUCCAUUAUUAUUACACUGGAGACGGAUUGACUACGUCUCCACCCAUUAUCGGAACACCAACAGUAGGAGGAGGUCAAAUUGUGACGUCAACAGCUAUGGCAGCGGACACGUCGUCUGAAACUGCUGCUACAGCCACUAUUCAUGAUAGUAUAAUACCUCCGCGAGGAUUUUUCACGGGUACUGUUAAUUAUGACCAAAGUAAUAGUCCAUUAAACAGCCCAACCAGCUCAGCGCUGGCAACCAAUCAUUCUGCUGUCCAUAAGCCUAAUCAAAUAGAAAAUCCGGCAGUGGAUGGAGCACAAGCAGUAGUAUAUGAUAAUCUCACGGAAGAGAAUCGGCAAGUUCAGCAGCAGCAGCAGCAACAACAGCAGCGGCCCUAUUAUCAACAACAAUUGCAACAACGCGCUUCUACGUCCUCGUUAACAACCUCGGCUUCAGCACUUGUAGCUAAUAGAAUAUUUUAUCGACAGCAAGGUGGAAAUACAGGUUCUUUCCGUUUGUCAUCAACAGCAGUGACGGAACUCAAUGACGGCAUAAAUAAUAAUGCUGGCAGUAACAGUAGACCCUCUUUACCUACAAACCUUAAACCCUCCCUUUCUAAUAAUAAUAAAGUAUAGUAUCCGCAAUUUUGAACAUCUAUGGAAGAUAAUAUAUCUCAGAGUCCGAAGUCUGAAUACAUUAAGAAGUGCGCGGUGCUUACAUUGCUCGAUGAG